AUCUGAGAAAUAUGAUCCAUGUGUCGAAGGCCAAGUUGGCGGAUAUGUGCGAUAUAUGCAUAAUGAGUCAGUCUUAUGUUUGGUCUCUCGAAUGUGAGACGCUGCCUUGUAUUAUUCUUAUAUAAAAGUAUUGUUUGCUGAACUGUUUUUGAUUGACUCUUUACGAAAUCUAACAAGUCAGAAGUGGGAUUAGAGACCCUUGUACUAGUAGUUAAUUAGUGUACGAUGCCAAAUAACACUAAAAAGCGAAGACGCGGUAGUACUUCGAGUUCGAGCACGAGUUCGCGUUCGAGGUCUACCUCUAGUUCGAGUUCGACUUCGAGUUCGAGUUCGAGUGUAGUGUCAAAAAGAGAAGUGCAAAAAUUGAAGCGUCAGGUGAAAAAGCUGAAAAGACACCGAUCAACGACAUCUACGCCCCGGACAGGUGACGAAAACCUAAUUCCAAUCUUCGAUCCAACACGCCCUGAAGCAGUUGUGAAGAAAUGGGUGGAAAAAGUCGACAAUCUGGCCCGCCGUUACAACUGGGAUGAUAAUGCAGUUAUCCGGCUCAUCCCAAGUCGUUUGCUGGGUAACGCACGUCAAUGGUACGACGAAAGUGUCAAGUACGACGCAACAUGGAAGAAACUGAAACUCUCUCUUAUUGAACAAUUUAGUAAGUCCGUUCCAUUUUCGCUAUUGUUAAAAGAUGCUGCUAAUUAUGAAACAACACCAGGUCAAAACCUUGGAGAUUAUUGUUUCCAAAAACUAUCCAAAUUGAAAGCUUUGCAGUUGAAAAUCCCAGAUGAAUUUUUGAUCGAUGCAGUAAUUGGCGGCAUUACAGACAAUAAUAUUGCUCGUACAGUGGGGUCGGCACGUCAUGCUAGUGCGAAUGCUUUGUACGCGUACUUGAACACAAUGGGGGACGCAACCGCCGCCGCUGUCGCGGUACCGAAAUCCGAUACCAGUGAUUCGCGCCGGUUUCAAGAUAAACAGAACAAAAUGACCACAAACCAGGUUCUUGCAGCUUUUAUUCUAAUUUCUUGUCUGGCAUUUGGUGCCACAGCAAAAGAGAUCAGAGUUGAGGAAGAUAUCAAAGUCGGAGAUGUGGCUAUCUCCAUCCAAAUUAUCGAAAAAACCGACGAUGACGAAGGUAACGUAACAGUUUCUCCAACUACGAAUGCCACGAAUUUUUGGAACGGGACCACGAUUUGGCCAAUCACAAACUCCACCUCGUGGAAUGUUACUACGGCUUGGCCAAUCACCAACUCGACGUCCUGGAAUGGUACUACACCGUACCCAAUCACAAAUUCCACUUCCUGGAAUGUUACUACAGCUUAUCCAAUCACAAACUCGACUAACUGGAAUGUUACUACACCUUACCCAAUCACCAACUCGACGUCCUGGAAUGUUACUACAGAGUACCCAAUCACAAAUUCCACUUCCUGGAACGUUACUACAGCUUAUCCAAUCACAAACUCGACUAACUGGAAUGUUACUACACCUUACCCAAUCACCAACUCAACGUCUUGGAAUGUUACUACAGAGUACCCAAUCACAAAUUCCACUUCCUGGAACGUUACUACAGCUUAUCCAAUCACAAACUCGACUAACUGGAAUGUUACUACACCUUACCCAAUCACCAACUCGACGUCCUGGAAUGUUACUACAGAGUACCCAAUCACAAAUUCCACUUCCUGGAACGUUACUACAAUUUACCCAAUAACGAACUCAACUUCCUGGAACGUUACUACAGUUUGGCCAAUCGACAAUGGAACCUCCCCGGGAAAUAUCACUCUAAAUUAGGAUCCAACUGGUAGUACUUGGUUUUACAUUUUACAAUGCUACUAGUACUAAGGUGGUACCAAAUCUGAACGGUGUCAGUUCAGUAGUUAAAAAAUAAACCCUGAAAAUCA